AUACCGCCAGUACUGCAGCUUUUCAGCUGUUCUUGGGAGCGUUUUUGUGAUGAAAGGCUGCAGCACAGGAACUUUCAGGGGUUUUCAUAAAAUACAUUUCUGAUUCACUAAAUACUCUCUGACUGAAACCAUAAAUGGGAAAGCUUUACGUCAGCGCCAGGCAAGUUAUGCAAGGACGCAGGAAUCCGGCAAACUUCAGAGCGGUCACAUGAUCGCAUCACAUGACAGCUCCUUCCAUAUGGCUCUCCCCAGUGUUGUGCCUCUAGCGCUCCUAUAGCAGCUGCGAUCAGCACCAGCUGUGACGUCAUCACUGGGAAGCUUCCCAUUGGCCGCCUUUAUCGAGCCGUGCCUGGGGACAGCGAAGGCAAUGGAGGUUUACAUUCCAUCAUUCCGGUACGAAGACAGUGAUAUGGAGAGAGGCUACACGGUGUUUAGAAUAGAAGUACUGGUGAAUGGCAGACGGCAUUUUGUUGAAAAGCGGUACAGCGAAUUCCAUGCCCUUCAUAAAAAGCUUAAAAAAGGCAUUAAAACUCCAGAGAUCCCAUCUAAACAUGUAAGAAACUGGCUGCCUAAAGUGUUGGAGCAACGUCGGCAGGGUCUAGAGGCAUAUUUGCAGGACAUCAUUUUUGAAAAUGAAGAACUUCCCAAGAUAUUUUUGGAUUUCUUGAAUGUUCGACAUUUGCCAUCACUACCUAAAGCUGAGAGUUGUGGCUCCAUCGAUGACCUAGAAUCGGAUGAACCCAGCAAACUGUCCCACCAGCCUGUGCUGCUUUUCCUAAGGGAUCCAUACAUCUUGCCUACAGCCAACGGUUCCAUAAAUAUUUGUUUCCAUGGACACAUUUUAUUACCUUGUAUUACCUCACCAGAUAAUGCAGCGAAUGUGGUCAUAGAAGGCGUUCUGCACGGAUUGUUUUACCCUCACCUUCAGACCAGCUAGAGACUGAGCUUCUUGCAACUGGAAGUGACUGUUUCUUUGUUGUUGAUGGAAAACCACAAAAUCCGUUCCAGUGAUGAGUCUACCUAUGGAAACAAAGGGAAACAUCGACUGACCGCUGUGCAGUCUCCACUUGAAGAAGCUGUAGAUUUCAGAAUUAUAACAUUGUGCCAAAAUGUAUUUUAUUUUGUACAUUCAUUCACCUAAACUAACACUUAUGUAAAAAUAUACCUCCAAGUGUGAGAAUACCAGCCCACCAAUCAUGAUACCAUCAGCAAAUAUGAGUGCUCAGAUGCUGCUCUCCAGUUCUUCGGGAACGCUACACCUGGGAUACUUUCCAGUGGUCUUCACCAGCUGGAAUGUGAGUUACCUUCUCUUGCCAUAAAACUUUACUGUCACUUGAACAGGGUUUCUGUCUAUUGUGAUCUAGAGCCUGUAGCAGAAGCAUCUCAGGGGUGCUAGCAUUUACAGAGCCCCAAGUUGGUCAAGCUUACUGCCCUUGGUUGAUUUAAAGUGAUCUUCAUCUUCAAGAUUUUUAUAGGAAAGCAAAAGUAUGAAAUUAAAAGAAUGCUCAGCUCUGUUCAUAUUUAAUCAAUUCCUAACCCUUCAGUACUUACCCAGCUAACCUUUUUAGGUUAAUAGUGCCAUGGGCAAAAUAGUGCAGGUGUCAUGCAUCAGUAAUUCUAAAAGUACAAUCAAAGGAAAAAUGGCAGGCACUCACACAUCCCACAACCAGGCUUGUAAAAAGACUGAGAAUUUUAUUUUAGGCAACAAAGUAAGUUAAUCCAUAGCCUUAUGCAUUGCGUGCCUUUGGGCACUUACAAAAACACACAGGUAUAGCAGAUAUAUACCCCAGACCCACCAAUCACCAAAAAACAUUAAUUAACCAAUAGGAUAAGAGAGGGGAGGGGAAUCAAAAACAAUGUGCAAACAAGGAAAUAGCCAUCCAUUGACCCGGGACAAUAACUUCAGUGCCUUAGCUUUCAGUGUAUUCUUAGAGGUUGAUAUUACAAAUGUUUUACUGUAAUUUGUGUGUUUAUAUUAUAGGGUAUACAGGUCAUGGAUCUCCAAGUUGACUUCAGAAAUUGUAAUUUUGCAACUGGGGGGUAUUUGUUAUAAUACACAAGUAUCUGUAAAUCAUGUGAGACAAAUUAUAUCACUAGUACCGAUGACAUCACUAAGCACCAAUUAUAAGGAUAUAAUUUACAGGAUAUUAAUAGGUCUUAGGCAGUCUAUAGAAGGUUCAAGACAAGCCUAUCAUCUCGCCUAACUCCAGCAGUGCUCCCUUUUCUGCACCAAAAAACAGACAGCGCACACCUAGUAAAAUAACUGUGAGGUGCAAUACUUACGGGACUCCCCAACAGAGUCAUAAAGAGAUAAGGAACGUUCCAAGGUGAAUAGUGUGCAGUCUUCACCUUGGAACGCUCCUCUUUCUGCACAACUGAUGAGGCUUGAGAUAUUGUUUACAUGGUAUGAUGGCUGAAUGUUUAGUAUGGCAGCCUCAAUAAAAAAAAGAGUGAGGGCAAAUGUAAUUUUUUUACAUGCCCCCAGUGUUGACUCAAGACAAGUAAAUUUAGAAGACUGGUGCAAACUAUUUUUUAUCAAGGUUACGGUAAUGCAGGAGACUUUACUGCUACUAUGGCUAACCAGGUGUAUGGAGCUGACAUGUCUUGGUAGAUAAGAGCAAAAUUAUCCAAAAGACCCAUCAGCCUUUUGUAUUUAAACUGCUUGUGUUAGCAUAAAACAUUACUUUUUAAUUUUUCCUCUUUAAUUGGGUGUGCAGAAUGCAUUUAUGUAAUUUCCAAGCACCACUAUAAUGCACUUUAGUGCAAUAACAUCUAUUGUCCAAAUCAACACUCUGAUGUGUUUUACUGUACAUGACUUCUAGGCAAUAGAGUGUUUUGUCAUGUCCUAUGUAUCUGGGAGGAAUAGGGAUAUGCAAACACUUUAUUCAUUCUUUUCUUUAUAUAGGAAUGAUGGGAAAACAAAACGGGUUGCAGACAAAAAAAAUACAUAAUAUAUGAGACGUGAGACUUUUGUACAAAUUAUUCUAAAACUGUUUCUGAGAACUUGGUCUCAAAAACUCAUGACCAUCACCAUAAGUUAAUUUUGUCAUAUUAGAAUAAUUAAUACUAACGAGCAUUAUGGAGCUAGAAGCCAUAUUGUCGAUUUGCCUCUAGUAAUUUAAUUUGGAGUUAUUUAUCAAAAUCUGUUUUUUUCUGAUUUUAUAAGUAAAAAAAGUCCGACCAAACUAGAAUCCAUGAUUUGACCUUAUUUAUCAUUGAAAAAAACUUGGUUCAGAAAAAAACUCAAAAAGUUUGGGUUUUUGCGAAAAAAAAACCUUUUUCAGGUUUUAUGCCCGAAACGCUGUAAUUUUUCAAGAAAUGCUCGAAACCCCUGAUUUUUUUCAGUUUUUUGGCCGAAACUCGGCACAGACUAAGAUUUCUUCACAUUUGAAAUGGGACCUUUGCCAUUGACUUCUACAGGACCCUGACAGCUUGGAGAUGCAGUAUUUUUGGGUUCUGACUUUUAGCAGCCUCGAGCUAUAAUAAAUCACGAGAAAAAAACAUUUCCCACUAAAAAUUUGGAUUUUAUAGUAAAAGGAUUUUGCCAUUUAUUAAUAAAUAACCCACUUAAUUGUGUCUUUUUAUCUCUGUCUACAUAAUUACUUCUUAGGAUUAAAUAUGAAACAUCCACUGCUUGAUAGACAGAGUUUAUUCAUUUCCCUUGAAUAAAUGGAAGGAUAUUAUGGGAUCAUGUCUUCUCUAUAGCUGUGUUUUUCUUUACAUUUGAGUAGGAUGCAUUGCUUCCUUUAGCAAAGCCCUUGACCAGAGAGGUUGGGAGAACACAAACCCACAUUUACAAUAAAAUGCAGAUCCGUGGCAUAUUUUGGACCUUUUAUUAACUAUUCCCAAAAGUCUCUAGAAAAUAUCUAUACUGGAGAAAAGGCAAUUUCCAUUCACAGAAGCUAUAACAUUACACUUUUUGUUAUUUUGUAUCUAAUGGUGUAAGCUUAUUGAGUACAUCUAGCAUCUCUUAUUUAUAUGUGGACAACUGUGGGGACUACAGUUCUGCUGCAUUAUUGGAAGAUUCUUUCUCUAAAGAUUUCAGUGGAGCCAUGUAGUGUUGUAAAAUGGAAGGCCUUCCACUGAGAUGCACGGAGAAUGCCUGACAAAUAUGCAGAGAAUGCAGGACAAUGAGACUUGUUCUUAUAAUUGACUCUUUAUUUAUAGCCACAUUGGAAUAUAAAGUGUACAAGCAAGUGAUGUUUUAUAUUUAGGACACAUUACUGUCACUUCUCUUUAAUAAGUACUACAUUUUUGGUUGUGAAGUAUAUGCAAUAUAUUAAUAGCAUUAACGUAGCGUAACACUACUGAUGGCUGAAAUUGGAGCUGUUGUUCACCAUACUCUGAUGUGAUGUGUAUUGUGCACUGUUUACCACUACCGAAAUAAUGUAAAAACAGAGUUAUAAUUUAUAUGUAGAUUAAAAAAAAAAAAACUGAUGUUUAUGUAUGCAAUAAAUGUAUAACAAACCA